AUGAGUUAUGCAUUGCGUAAGGCUGGCAGCCAAAUUCUUUACUCCAUAUGUGAAUGGGGAGAAGACAAUCCUGCAAUAUGGGCCGGUGUGUAUUGUAAUACUUGGAGAACUACAGGGGAUACUGCAGACAAAAUCACAUCAAUUGCCGGUGAAAAUAAUAUUUGGGAAGAUAUGCUGGACCUGGCAGGUGGAAUGGUAACUGCGAAAAUACACCCUGACAUGUUGGAAGUGGGUAAUGGUGGGAUGAGCAUAGAGGAAUACCGUUCACAUUUUAGUAUCUGGGCACUCAUGAAAGUUUGGGCAGGGCCAUUAUCAAAAAGAAGAGUUGUGGCAGUGUUAUGGAAUAUAAGCAACUCUCAGGCUCCCAUAUCUGUUAGAUGGAGAGAAGUUGAACUUUCUCCAUCAGCUCAUGUUAUUGUUAGAGACUUAUGGGCGCAUUCAUUUAUUUCAAUGAAAAAAAGUGGUGGAUUGACUGCAAAUGUUGCACCUUGUGCUUGCAAGAUGUAUAUUCUUACCCCAGUCUAG